GUGAAUAUGCCCCAAAACGCGCGCGUUGCUCUUUUUUGCCAUCCGGUGGUAGGUUGUGAUUAGGUAAAAGAUUUAAGUGAUGAAAUUUGACAACUCAUUAUCAUAAUGAAAAGAUUCUCGCCGUGCUGUAGAGAGUGAUGCGUGAUGCUUGGAAUAAGCAAUUCAGUGAUCAAAGAAAAUACUCCAAGGAGCAUUAUCAAAGUAAAUGUAUUAUCAAGGAAGGAUGAAAUUUAUGCGCAUCGAAGUGGAGUAGUACAGACGACCCAACGAGUGUCAGUCUGAAGUGGUCGGAAUUAUUUCGUUUGAUCCGAAAUUAAAAAAGUGGUGAACGUAUGAGAUUGCAUGUGUAUGUGAUGUGGCUAAAUUAAAACAUGAAAAAGGUGUUGUUCUUACGUCUGGAAAAAGCCACACAAAGUUAUCACCAACUUGUGGGAAAGUCAUUGGUUGCAACAGAUCUGAUAUGAGUGUAUAAAUCACGCCAAUUGAAGAAAUUUAGGAAACGAGUGAGCUUGUGGUGAAGAAAAGAAAUAAAUGCUAGCAAAUGUGUACAAAAGUUAUUCCUAUUCAAAAUUGUAAUCGUUAGCUCCGAAGCAGUGAAGAAGAAUACUAUUGAAAACGGAAUUUACAGCAAAACGACUACACGUCAGUGGAUUAAUAACUCGCAGGAGAAAUUUAAAUUUUGCAUCUGAAGAGAAAUACCACAACUACAGGAAGAAUGCGAGUUGCAGACGGAAUCGCCUUUCAUUAUGCAAACAACAUCACACUGAAUAGUAGCGAUGUAGAAAUCAUCCAUGAGCAAGAUGUUCUGUAUGAUGUUCCGGUGGGGCUGAUCGUGCUGCUAUCGAUUUUCUACGGUACAAUCAGUAUUCUAGCUGUGAUAGGAAACUCGUUGGUGAUAUGGAUCGUCCUGACGACCAAGCAAAUGCAAACGAUUACAAACAUGUUCAUAGCUAACCUGGCCCUGGCGGACGUCACCAUUGGAAUGUUUGCCAUCCCGUUCCAAUUUCAGGCGGCCGUUCUGCAGCGGUGGAACCUGCCGGAUUUUAUGUGUCCGUUUUGCCCGUUUGUGCAACUGCUGAGCGUCAACGUUUCAGUCUUUACCUUGACGGCUAUUGCCGUCGACCGACAUCGGGCCAUAAUAAAUCCGCUUAGGGCACGUGCAUCAAAAAACAUCUCCAAAUUCGUCAUCAGUGCCAUCUGGAUGCUGUCGUUUGCGCUGGCCGCACCGACCCUGUUUGCUCUGCGGGUGGUUCCUAUAUCAAUAGUCAGUCUCAACGAAACCAACGAAACCUACGUCAACAUCACGAAACCAUUCUGCCAAGUGGUCAACUUCGAGGAGUCCGAGAUGCUACUCUACCGGUACAUCCUGACUUUGGUGCAGUACUUCGUCCCACUGUGCGUCAUCAGCUUCGUCUACAUUCAGAUGGCUCUGCGGUUGUGGGGCUCGAAAACACCCGGCAAUGCACAGGACUCCCGGGACAUAACGAUGCUGAAGAACAAGAAAAAGGUCAUCAAGAUGUUGAUAAUCGUGGUGGCGCUGUUUGCUUUCUGCUGGUUUCCGCUGCAACUGUACAACGUCCUGCAUGUCACGUGGCCCGAGGUGAACGCGUACCGAUACAUCAACAUCAUUUGGUUCGUUUGCGAUUGGCUCGCUAUGAGCAACAGCUGCUAUAAUCCGUUUAUAUAUGGCAUCUACAAUGAAAAGUUCAAACGUGAAUUCCACAAGCGAUAUCCCUUCCGUGGCCGGGGUCAAAGCUACCAGCAGGAGCAGCUGACCGAUAAGACCCUCUCGAUGUUCACCCGCGUUAGUUCGAUACGGUCCAAUUACGCGACAUCGUCCAUACGGAACAAGCUCUACACGAGGACGGGUGGCACCGCCGGUGGAGGAUACACUAGUAGCACUUCUUACCAUAAUCAUAAUCCCGUACAGCAGCAACAGCAGCUGCCGCCAUCGCAGCAGUACAAAUCCCCUAAUCCGAACAUUCAGCGUAUCAACGACAACAACUGUCAAACGAUGACCGAUAGCAUUCAAACGGAGUCAAAAUGCUGUCCCUGUCGGCAGCAUGCGAGUAAGGUUCCGUUCCGAGAUUCCCAGCAACAUUCGGCAGCGCAUGAAAGUCAGUUUCUCGGUCCCACCGAUGGCAUUUGUGAUAGCAUGAAACUGGAUAAAAUUGCCCUCGAUCACCCCCAUCCGGACAGUGCAGAUGAUGAGGAGCAACAAACUUGCUCCAGGCAUGUCGUCGAACAGGAUGAACAGCAGCAACUAACUUCCGGUGGAGGUGAAGGCCAGCGGAGUCAACGGUUUCACCUUUACUGCAACAAUCUGAAGAAUUUCAACGAACUAUACGACUAAAGAAGAAUUUCGAUGGAUGUGUUUAACUUUCUGCUGAAAUCGUGAUACAACCGUUGAUGAUGGUGUAAAUGUUGAAAAUCUUUCUGUACGUACUGUUUGAAAAAAAUUAACGGAGAGAAGAGAAGCAAAACAGUCUCGAAACACAUAUUUAUUGAAGUUUUAUUCAAUUUCCUUCUGAACGAAGCCAAAGAUCGCAUUAUGGCGGAAGAUAAAUAUAUUUGUACCU